GAGACAUCCUGAACGAGGCAGAGAGAGAGGACUGGGAUGGGAUUUGUGUUUUUGAAAUACCUGUGAUUGUUUUCUCUCAUUCACAUUUCUAAUGGGAGAUUCCUGCUGCUGAUCCUGGACCACAUCUCUGAGGGAAGCACGAGGGUCAGGCGGGAAAGAGGAGUGAAAGAGAGACAGACAGAGAGACUCAGAGGGAGUUCAGCUGCUGAAGUAAAGGCAGAGUUAUUAGGAAGCAGAAAAUGGGACCGGCUGCCACCUCGCUCGCUCUCCUGUGUUUAUACUCUCUGGGUGUGUGUGUUCCUACAGGGACGGCCGACGCUGCACCGACACAGGCUUCCCUGCCAGAGGUGAAGAAGGCGCGAGGCGACGUUCCUGAUAUUCUUCCAGAGCCUGAACCAGAGCCAACCAGUCAAUUGUCAGACUUUGAAAACUCAUACAACUAUGUCUUGUCCAGACUAGCCGGUAUGGACCAGGCGAUCCACAAGCUGAAUGUUGGUCACUACACCCUGGAUGUUAAAGUCAGCCAGUUAAUGGACCGUCUGACCAGGAUGGAUGCUAAAGUCGGGGAGCUGGAGGACCACAUCCGGGAGGUCGACCGGCACAGCAAGGAUAACCGCAAGGAGAUGGGAAGACUGGAAGGUUGCCAGAAGGGACACAGGAUGGGAUACAAAUGCUAUCUUGUGUACAAUAGCCAAGAGGACUACGCCGGAGCAGCCAGGAAGUGCCUGGAACGCGGCGGCCGCAUGGCGAUGCCCCGCGACCGCAGGGAGCAGGAGAACCUCGCCGACUACGUCAAGUCAUUCUUCCACCCGGGGAACUGGCCCGUCUGGCUCGGCGUCAACGACCUGCGAUCCGAGGGCCUGUACCUCUUCGACGACGGGUCGCGGGUCUCGUACUUCCAGUGGCGCAAACACUUCCUGUCCAGCCAGCCAGACGGAGGGAGGCGGGAGAACUGUGUGGCGAUGUCGUCGGACGAUGGCGACUGGUGGGACCACUACUGCGAUCGGACCAUGAACUAUCUGUGCGAGUUUGAUGACAGGGUGGCACUUUAAGAUGAACUCUUUUCAAGAUUUACUCUCUCACCACCUUACUUUGGCCUCCAGUUAUUGAUGAAAAAUUCAUGUAUUGCUAAGUUCUGAAAGUACUGAACACAUCAGAUUAUGUUAGUAUUAUAAAUAUUAUAUUAUUCAUGCAGCUGCGGGGAUAUGAAUGUAAACCAGUCAGGACUCUGCUGUGAUUUCACGCCUGGAAUUCUAAAUAUUUGUUCAAAGUUUCCAAAAAAGGGGAAAACAUGAAAAGCUGGAGGCCCUUUCUUCAGAAUCAGCACAUACUGAAGAUAUAAAUCAAUGUGUGUUUGGUCUUAACAGGAAUUAGCAGUGCUUCUCUGUUACUUCUGAACUUUGAAAAUAUUUAAACAAAAGUCUGGUUAAACUGCUGAUGCUUCAACAUCUCUGGCACAGAACAUUUUUAGAUCUCACUUCUGAUUUAACCCCCAAAAAUAACCCAUUAUUACUGUAUGUGAAUGUAUCCUGAGUCCUACAGUAAAACAGGAGAGUUGUACAUAAAAUGCUGAAUGUAAAUGUUUUUCAUAAAUCUUUACUAAAGGUU